CCCAAGCAGGCAGAAAGAGACCUCCCGCAAUGGACUGCUCUUCUCCAGGGAAACUCAAGGACCAGGAUCAAUGACAAGCAACGAUCAGUAUGUCCUAGUGACUGGCGCAAACAGCGGUCUAGGGCUGGGUACCUGCUGUCGUCUCAUCGACGAGUACCUUGCUGCUCACAGUCGCGACCAUGGCACUCUGACCAUCAUCUUCACUACUCGAAGCGCCAAAAAGGGCGCCGAGACUCUUUCGACCCUCGAGAAACACCUCGCCAGACAUGGCGGUGCCCCCACCUCCGGUCGCAAGAUCUAUUUCCAAUCGGAAAACGUCGAGUUGACGAGCCUUCUCUCCAUCCGCGCCCUCAGCCGCAAACUCCUCGCCUCAGACCUUCCGCAUAUCAACGCGAUAGUCCUCAAUGCUGGUAUAGGAGGGUGGUCUGGCCUUAACUGGCCCUUGACGAUCUGGACGGUCCUGACGGGAAUUAGACAGGCUACAACAUGGCCGACGUUCAAACUUGGUCUCGUCGGACUAGUGACAAAACCGCAGUUCCCGCCGGGGACCUUUGACGGUGAGGAACCGAUCCUGGGAGAGGUCUUCUGCGCCAAUGUGUUCGGGCACUACAUGCUGGUCCAUUGGCUCAUGCCGUUAUUUCGAGCAUGCGCACCAGAGUCACGCAGCAAGAUCGUCUGGUCGACCUCCAUCGAGGCCACGGGGCGACAUUAUAGCUCGGAGGACCACCAAGGACUAAAAUCAGCCGCCGCAUAUGAACACACCAAGCGCAUGGGAGACUUGCUAGCACUGAGCGCGGUUGAGCAGCCAGCGACUGCCAAACACGUCAAAGAAUACACAACACCCUUGCGAACCGUAGAGUCCGUGUGGGAGCGGCCAGUACAUUCCGAGCCGACCUUCCACGUGUCGCACCCGGGGAUCUGCACCACGACGAUAAUCAGCCUUUACUGGAUUGUCCACCAGUGCUACCGACUCGGUAUCUACCUGGCCCGCUGGUGCGGUUCACCCUGGGCAAACGUAACCAGCUACCUCGGGGCUGCAUCAGCUACGUGGCUCGCUCUCGCAUCCCUAGCGGACAUCAGAGACAAAGCGGUCCAAGCGACCGGCGACGGAGACGGCGGACCAUGUAAAUGGGGGUCAUCGACCGACCGUCUAGGCCGUUCUUACGUUCGAGUGACCGAUGUCCCCGGCUGGGGCCUCAACGGGAGCGGCAGGCCUUUCGAGGACAAAUGGUGGGGCGGGAGUCUAGGACGGAAAACCGGGUUUACUGAUGCGACCAAAGAAGAUGUCGAAAACUUUGUCGCUGCAGGAGCAGAGGUGUGGGACAAGAUGGAAGCUAUGCGGAAAGACUGGGAGGCGCGGAUUGAAAAGUACGAAGCCGACCAAGGAGCACAGAUCAAUGGACAUGCAGCGUCGUGAAACCAUUGUCCAAAAAAAAGUCAAUAGAAAUCAAAGCCCGUGUUUCAUAUGAA